AUGCAUUUAGGGAAAGUGGACGAUUUGUUAGCUGAAGGAAUUGACACAUCAUUCUACAAGAAGCUCUCCAAUGGCAAAUACGUUUGCAUGAAGGGAUGGCGCCAUCGAUCUGCAGAGUCGAAGAUGAAGCAAAGGAGUUCAUUGAAUCAAGGCGAGAUGAAUAAGAGGAUUGCAGUGUCUGAACAUUGCAGAUCAUCUGGGCAUUUAGAAACAUCAGUUCUAGUAUGCAUGGUUUGGAGAAGAGAAUGGAUAGUCAUUUCAUCCACUGUAUGUGUGAACGAAGUAGAUGAGAGGAUAACACGGAAGAAGCAACAUGAAAAGGAGAUUAAUUAUUCGUCUGCUGGAUGGAAGAGGGAUUGUCAUGGCAAGUGGUUUAAGGACGAGAAUGCUGAGUUUGAUUCUGAUGAAGAGUUGAAGUUGGUUGCAUAUAAAGUCUUGAAGGAGAAAGAAAAGAUGUUACAGUUCGAAAUGGUAUAUAUCAUACCUCAUGAAUGGAGAAUGAGCAUUUGA